GCUUCAGCGACUUCCCGCUGUCCGAGGUCGAGCUCAUCAUGUGCGGCGUCCGCUGCUUCUUCGAGUUGUGGGUGGUCGAGAAGUUUAAAGUCCCGGCAGAGCUGAUUCACCACAGAGAUGACACCUCCUCCUCUUCCUCCUCCUCCUCCUCUUGCGCUCAAACCAUAAGGCGUGGUUUUUACUCGGAUGGAGAUGCGAGCUCCGUCUGCUCCCGCUGGGAUCCCCCACCUGCGCCCGUGCACACUGCGCUCCCGCUUUUAAGUGAGUACGCCGCAUUAUAUUCCGCUUCAUUUUUGCUCGAUCCUCACCACUGAGGAGAGGCUCGUCUCGCGGGUAAACAAGCGGCUGCGACGGCGCUGGUGGUGGCGGAGGAGGAGAGCGGCUGAUGCGCGGAGGAGGAGGACCCGGGAGGAGGAUGGCAUCCCCGUGGCUCGUCGUGCUCGCGCUGGCGCUGGCGUGCGCGGGGCCGCCGCAAGUGCACUGCAAGCGGGCCAGGCAGCCGCGAUGCCCCGCGUCCUGCACAUGCACCAAAGACAACGCGCUGUGCGAGAGCACCGGCCUCAUCCCCAGAGCCUUCCCGCCUGAUGUUAUCUCACUGUCUUUCGUCAAGUCCGAAUUCACAGAGAUCCCCAAGGAGAGCUUCAUCCACACGCCCGUCCUGCACCUCCUCCUCUUCACAGCCAAUAACCUGGAGAGCAUUGACGAGGACGCUUUCCUCGGCCUUCCUCAUUUGGAGUAUCUGUUCAUCGAAAACAACCAGAUCAAUUCCAUAUCGCCGUACGCUUUCCGAGGACUGAAAACCUUAGUGCAUCUGAGUCUGGCUUACAAUAAUCUUGAGACCCUCCCCAAAGAUUUGUUCAAGGGCCUGGAAGCCGUGACAAAAGUAGACCUGCGAGGGAACCGGUUCACGUGCGAUUGUAAGCUAAAGUGGUUGGUGGAGUGGAUCUACGGCACCAACGCCACAGUGGAUCAGAUCUACUGCAAAGGCCCGUCGGCACUGCAGGACAAGAAGAUCAACGACCUCGUGCCGCAGUCCUUCGACUGCAUCACCACAGAGUUCGCUUCAUACCAGUCCCUCAAGUUUGAAUCCAUAUCCGUGGAGGCCUUUACCUUCGGCGAAGAUCAGUAUGUGGUCUUUGCUCAGCCCUUCAUCGGCAAGUGUAACUUCAUGGAGUGGGACCACGUGGAGAUGGUCUUCAGGAACUUUGACGACAUUGACAGCACUUCCACGGUGAUCUGCAAACCUCUGGUGAUCGACAACCAGCUCUUCAUCAUCGUGGCUCAGCUGUUCGGCGGCUCGCACAUCUAUAAGCGGGACAGCUCGGCCAACAAGUUCAUCAAGCUCCAAGGGAUCGACAUCCUCAAGAUCCGCAAGCCCAACGACGUGGAGACAUUCCGCAUCGACGGAGAGUCCUUCUUUGCCAUCGCCGACAGCUCCAAGGCCGGCUCCACCACCAUCUACAAGUGGAACGGCAACGGCUUUUACUCGCACCAGUCACUCCACCCCUGGUACCGCGACACCGACGUGGAAUACAUGGAGAUCUCCUCCAAGCCUCACCUCGUCCUGUCCAGCAGCUCCCAGAGGCCCGUCAUCUACCAGUGGAACAAAGGCACCAAGCUCUUCGAGCGGCGCACCGACAUCCCCGAGAUGGAGGAUGUCUACGCCGUCAAGCAUUUCCAGGUCAAGUCGGACCUCUUUCUCUGCCUGACGCGCUUCAUCGGCGACUCCAAGGUGAUGCGCUGGGACGGCGCCCUCUUUCGCGAACUACAGACGGUGCCGUCGCGCGGCUCCAUGGUGUUCCAGCCCUUCGCGGUGGGCAGCUGGCAGUACGCCAUCCUGGGCAGCGACUACUCCUUCACUCAGGUGUACCGCUGGGAUGCCAAGAAAGGCGAGUUCGUCCACUUCCAGGAGCUCAACAUCCAGGCGCCGAGGGCCUUCUCGCCCGUCUCUAUCGACAACCGUCAGUUCCUGCUGGCUUCCAGUUUUAAAGGGAAAACGCAGAUUUACGAGCAUCUGGUCAUCGACCUGAGCAACUGAGCGCUACGAAAACGGGUAUACGUAUGCCUAGAUGACAGCUGAUGCUAUCUUGAGAAAAGCAUGCAUUAUUAUACUAUGUGCUCUCUUUUCAAAGUGUGUAAAAGUAUUGGGACAUGUUGGUCAGCGUUCUAAUCAAGUUUUUGUGGUCACGCUCCUUUUGGAAAUACCAGUCGCCGGAGAUAUUUUCAGUUAGCAACAUGAAAUUUGGUAGACUUGUCUAUUAUGAGUAGACCUCCCAAAAAGUCUUAAAGACGGCAAAUGUGAAAACACACAUUUGCCGACAGACAUUGUCAGACAUUUUGGUUUGAGGUGACCAUUUCAGGGUCAUUUUGGCUAUUUCCAGGAGUGCUUCAAAAAUGAACAUGAACGACACAUUUGUCCGAUUCCUACCAAAUUGAAAUCACGGCACAUGUACUCCCGGGUGGAAAAAGCUCCGUUGGCACCACUAGUAAACAAAACCUUUCAUGUCACUGACCACAGCGAUUGAGAAAACACAGUAAAUGGCUCGAAAUACAAUUUUUGCCUUCUAGUUUGAAUGUGUUAAGUGUCAGUCAAAAUAAAGAUGUUACGUAAAGUAAAUUGCUUAGUGGGGAGACGGGACGCCGUCCAUAAUUUAUAUUUCAACAGGUAAUUCGGACAUAGUUAUCAUGAACAUUGAGCAAAUGGUUAAUUAACUGACUUACCUUGCUAGGACUGACGAUGAAAUUGAUAGCAUGCUGUAGAACUGGAGCCAAAAAGUCUCAAGAACCAUCGCCUAAGAAGACAUAAGAAGUCAGCCAUUUUGGUUUGUGGUUGCCAUUUUGACAAUUUCCAGGGAUCCUUCACAAAAAAAAAAAGAAAAAAUUGUCCUCGAGAUUUUGUCCGAGUACUACGAAACUUGAACUACCUACUCUAAAACGUCCAGGAGCACCACCCCGGAGGAGUUACAAAAUAUCGGCUCCUGCCGCUAUUGUGAGCGAUUGACACAAAAUCCUGCAUGUUCACGAUGACGGGACGCAUGGAAAUCAAGAGAGAAAAUAAACUGAAACUCACAGGUAGUUAGCCACUUUUGUUGUUUUUCGGUGAUUAUGCCAUUUCCCUGGGUGUCCCAAUACUUUUUUCCCCUCAAAUUUUAUUUUACGAGGAUCCAGGUUGGGCUCAAUGUAUGCAUCUCAAGCUCGAAUCAGACUUCAUGCGUGAUCAAGCCAUCCGUGCAUCAUCGUCCACAAAUCCAGAAUGUGCAUUAAAACGUGUUUUUCACCAUCAGCCAUACAUGCAUUACGUUUGUACGCUCAUGUAUUUACAAAGUAAUGCUCACUUGGAACGUUUGAACCAAUCUGCCAGAAAAUAAAUGUUUACAUUUUUUUCAGACUCAAAUUUGUAAAAAAAAAAAAAAAAAAAAAAAAACAAUCUAAAAAAAAAUGAAGCUUUUGUAAGGGGUAACAGCAGUUAGAUUGAUAUUUAAAGAGACCUGCCUUUCUCUCCUUGUACAUUUUAAUCAUGAAUGUUUGUAUUUUUAAACUAUUGAUGAUGAUACCGUUUUUCAGGAGCACCCGACUUGACACUAUUUUCACAACCUAAAAUUGAGGUUUGACUCGCUUCCGUCUGUCAUGUGUGCAAACUGCAUUGUAACUAACAAUCUUUUUUCCCCCCAUUCUUUUCUCAUUGAAUUGAUCCGUUUUCCUGCUAUGAAUUUAUGAAUUGUAGCAGCAGCUAUGACAGUGUCAUGGUGAGGAUGACAUCAUCACCGGCUAACCUUGUGCUAUUUCAAUAAAAGCUUCAAUCACAGACAGUCUCGUGUGAGCCUGCGGCAUGCGCCACAGUUUCUAUUGUUAUUCGUCAUUAAGAAUUCUGUGCCAUUUACUAACUGUCUUGAAGCAACUACCGUGUACAAAUACUUGAGUCCAGAAAGCAUAACAAUAGACAUCCCCAUUUCAAAUUGUAAUUAUAUUGUUUAAUCUUAAUCGCUGAAACAUGUUGAAAGUCAGAUUAUCCAUCUAAUCAAUCAGAUUAUCAAUAUUGCAGUCUCAAGCCUUCUGACAGUAGUGUUGACUAUCCAAAACAUAGUUAGUCAGCUGCAUCUUAUAUUUUAACUUGCCCAACCGAGUGAACCAUGUUUACCUAUUUGAAGAAUAACAGAGCAUUGUGUACUAGACAGAUUGUCAGUGGAGUCCACCCUUGAGAUGUUUACAUAGGCCUAGCAACGUGGACCCCAACCCAUAAUCCAUCACUCCCAUCCCCGACGUCCUGGGACAUCGGGAGGAUCGACGUGCUCUACGGCUGUUAAAACAACAUUUGUCAUCUCUUCCCUCUAUUAAUCACUUUGGUGCAGAGUCAAGUUGUAACGCAUCUGUGAGUUGUAGCAGCACUUCCGACGGGGGACAUCAUUGACUAGCA